AUGCAGUUCUCAAGAGUCGAGCGGCUGAUGGGAAAGGAAGUUCAGCUGCAGAGAGCUUUGAGAAGUGGUCGCAAGUGGAUGGUGUAUGGACGGCUGCAUCAAACAAGGUACACGCUGAUCAGCUUGCACAUGUUAAGAAAGGCUGUCUCACAUGAACAAGACAGGACAUCCGUGCUGAUGGCAGCAGAAUCAAGGGGUCACACAAAGGUUGGAAUGCAAUUAUGUGGUCCUUUGCCAGCGGGAUUGAAAUCAAAUCCAUCUAAUUUUGUCUCAUCCACUCAUGGUUCACACCACAUACAUUUUGUUGAUCAAAUUGCUCGCCUUUGGAACUUCUUGGCUGGAAAAAAAGCCACACGCAAGGAUGGCCAGAUAUUGAAUCUUUGGCCAGUCUUAUUGCUUGUCAACAGUGGCAAGAAUUUUGGCCUUGUUCCAUCUAACAACGCUACAAUGUUUGGUGGUUUCCUAGAUGUGAAGAUUGAAGGAGCUGACAAACUCAAUGGACAUGAGCCACAUGGCUCCCUUGAGCAAGCUCUUGACUACAAUAAUGAGAUAAAACCAGCCACUGUUCUACAAGACCUCGACAUUGACCCUAUGCUCCUUCUUAUUCCUCAAGAUUCAUACCAUGUCCAUGGACCUUCACAAAAGUCAGGAAAGCGUAAAGCAAUUGAAUUUGUUACUGCCGAAGGAAAUACUCAAGCUUCCUCUUCGACAUCUGCCCCUUCAACAUCUCAAGCCACACCAGACAAUAAUCCUGGCAAAAAAACCUUGGCCUCAUUUUUCAACAUGCACGGUUCCAAAGACAAAGACGCCAUCAAGGAAAAGCGGGACAGGGAACAUACUGAGUCUGGUGUAAUGUCAACCAAAGCCAACUCCCUCUUUCAACCUGUUCCGCCUCACAACAUGCCCAGCAUCUCUCACUCUCAGCGUAUCUUUUCAAUCUUCACUGGCAUUGACCCACGUUCUCUUGUCAUCUUGACUGACAGAGAAUUCUAUCUCUUUAUGGACAUGCGGUACCAACACAAGUGGGUGUCAUUCUCCAUGAGUGCCCAAAAAUGGGUUGAUGCUACAGAGAUGUACAAUGUAGCACUUGAGGAGCUGUGCACUAGAGAAGGCAUUGAUAUUGUGAGAAAGAAUCCCCGAGCACUCUUUGAUAAACUCGGGGAUGUGGAAACAGCAAUUAUUGAAAGGAUGAGUACCAAUAACUACAUCUUUUACACAGGAGACUAA